GUAAGGAAGUUGUCCCAGGACUCGAGGAAAGGAAAGGCCCGGUGCAGGGACGCGUUAGGCAGGUGAGAGCUUGGAAGAGCUCAGCAGUGUGAAACUUGGUAGAAGAAGGGGUUCCGGGCUAGAAAGGGUGAAGGGGAAGGCGACUGGGUUCUGGUCAGAUGAGGACGGCGCAGCACAUUUAAAUGGGCCAAGCCCCUGGUCGGGGGACCUUUAAAGGUGAAAAGAAGAGACACUUAAAGGUGCAGAUCCCCAAGCUAGAGCAAGCUCUGAAGAGGUCGGAUCGGCAGAUAGAAGACAUUUAAAGUGGUCCCCUUGACCCUGUUCCCAGGCUGUGGCCCUCGGCACCCUGUAGACCUGGCGGCCCACCUGUGCUUUCGGCCCCUGACUAGGGGUCCGGGUGGCUACUGGAGGGCCUUGCAGAGGGGCAAAGGCAGGACCAUGGCAUCUGGGACUUCGGGGCGCAGCGUGACAGCAGGCAUCAUCAUUGUUGGAGAUGAGAUUCUCAAGGGACGCACUCAGGACACCAACACGUACUUCCUGUGCCGGACACUGAGGUCCCUGGGCGUCCAGGUCUGCCGGGUUUCUGUUGUGCCCGACGAGGUGAACACCAUUGCGGCCGAGGUGGCCUCUUUCUCCAGCCGGUUCACCUACGUCCUCACGGCGGGGGGCGUGGGGCCCACACACGAUGAUGUCACCCUGGAGGCCGUGGCUCACGCCUUCGGGGAGGAGCUCAAGCCGCACCCUGAGCUGCAGGCGGCCGUCCGGGCCCUGGGAGGGGAGGGCUGGGAGAAGCUGUCGCUGGUGCCCUCCUCCGCGCGCCUCCACUACGGCAUGGACCCUCGCACCAGCCGGCCCUUCCGGUACCCGCUGGUGUCCGUCCGCAAUGUCUACCUCUUCCCAGGCGUUCAGGAGCUGCUGCGGCGGGGGCUGGAGGGGUUCAAGGGGCUGUUCCGGAACCCGGCCGUUCAGUUCCACUCUCGGGAGCUGUACGUGGCUGCUGCGGAGGCCUCCAUCGCUCCCGUCCUGGCCGAGGCCCAAGCCCACUUUGGGAGGACGCUUGUUCUGGGCUCCUACCCAGACUGGGGCAGCAACUAUUACCAGGUGAAGCUGACCCUGGACUCCGAGGAGGAAGGGCCCUUGGAGGAGUGCCUGGCCUACCUGACUGCCCGUCUACCCCCGGGCUCUGUGGUUCCCUACGUGCCCGACGCUGUGGAGCAGGCCAGCGAGGCCGUGUACAAGCUGGCUGAGUCAGGGUCCUCUCUGGGGAAGAAGGUGACAAGUGCCCUGCAGACCAUUGAGGCCGCCCUGGCCAGGUACCACCUCACCCAGCUCUGCCUGGGCUUCAACGGGGGCAAGGACUGCACUGCCCUGCUGCACCUCUUCCACGCCGCCGUGCGGAGGAAGUUUCCCGAUGGCCCAGAAGCCCUCCAGAUCCUGUACAUCCGCAGUGUCUCCCCUUUCCCUGAACUGGAGCAGUUUCUGCAGGACACCAUCAGAAGGUAUAGUCUGAGGGUGCUGGAGGCCGAGGGCGACAUGAAGCAGGCCCUUCGUGAGCUGCAGACGCGCUACCCGCAGCUGGAAGCCGUGCUCAUGGGCACCCGCAGUACCGACCCCUACUCCUGUGGCCUCCACCCCUUCAGCCCCACCGACCCUGGCUGGCCUGUGUUCAUGCGCAUCAACCCACUGCUGGACUGGACCUACAGCAACAUCUGGGAUUUCCUGCGGCAGCUUUUCAUCCCGUACUGUGUCCUGUACGACCAGGGGUACACGUCGCUGGGCAGUCCCGAGAACACGGUGCGGAACCCGGCCCUGAAGUGCCUGAGCCCUGGAGGGCCACCCACCUACCGCCCCGCCUACCUGCUGGAGAAGGAGGAGGAGGAACGCAACGCCCGCACCUGACUCCCUCUCCCUCCCUCCUGGCCAGCAGUAAACCCAGCCUUUCCCUCGUCUGUAGCCCUGGUCAUGUCUUCCUGCUCGGGCUCCGGACUGGGGAGGCAGCCAGGCCAGGCCAGACCCUGCUGGCCGUUCCCACUCGGGGCUGGAAAGGGCUCUUAGGGCGAUUCCUCACGUCCAGCCCGGCAGAGCCCAGGGAGGGCUGAGCUGGAGUGGGCCGUGGACAUCUGCGAGCCCCCACCCCACCCCCCAGGCCCAGGACUUUCCUUUGCCAGACCCUGGUGCCUUGGUCUCCAGUCAUGGGGCCGGGUCGGGGGCAGCAGGGAGGCCU